AUGCUACAAUCGCCCCACUCUCCAAUCCUGAAUGUCCAUGUAGAUCGAACACCACUUAAUAGUGUUGCUGCAACGUCAAGGAAUGAGUAGGUACGAGUAGGUAUGGGUAGAUACAGGUAUGCAUGUGUAGGUCGGGUGUACAUAUACGUAUGGGUAUGGGUAGGUAGUAUCUCAAUUUUGGGUUGUAGCAACGUUAUAAUUUUGAGGUUGCGGCAGUCCCAAAGUAUCCAUUCUAUGUUUUUAAAAGCAAAAUAAAGGUGAUAUUUGCAAUCAGCGCUAAAAACUGGCGUGAGCCGCUUGAUGUGCUAUUCAUGACUUCAGCAAAACGUUUGUUUCGUCGUCAAAAAUCGCCUGUGGAGGCCAUACUCGAUGUUUUUCAUGAGAUGGAUCCCAUCUCGAGUGGUGGUAUGAAGCCUUUUUGAUUUUGAAAGCACAUGGUUGAAUAGCCCAAAGUGUGUGCUUUCCAAUGCAUAAUUUUUGUGUCGAUAGGAUAGCUUUUUGAUGGUUUUUAAUUGAGUUCCAGAACCCCUAUACAAGUUUCGAUAUAAUCCUCAUGUAGUUGCGCUUCCUCUAUUUCAAGCGGCUCUACUGUUUCUGCUUGUGCUUCCGCUUCAUGCAUAUGUUACUAUAAAACAAGCAAGAAAGAACAGAGUACAGCUUAUCCAAUUAUUAAAUUUUGUGCUUUCGGUAAACAUAUGUGAGUACUCGGGCGGACGGACAGUCUACUUAAAUUACAAUCAACAUCAAACCGAACGAAUGGUUUGUUCAUUGAAUCAAAAUAAUUUUUUCUCAAUCGGAAGACACUAGAAAUACAACGAAUUUACUUUUUCCACUCUGUACACACUAAGAAUGUUUGUUUUCUCGCUGGGCGAGAAUAUGUGAAAAUAUGAGAAUAAAUAAUAAUCCAUAUAUCAAUGGAAGAAAAACAUGAUUUGCAUUUACGACUGGUAAAUAUUAUGCCUUACGUAAACAACGAUUCCUUGAGAGUUAAGUACGUUAAAAGUCAUUUAAAUAGUGCAAAAAACCGAGUAUAUUGGGAUCGAGAUGUCCGUGAAACUUUCUUGGAUGCAGAUAACGGAAGGAUUUUCUUGUGCACAAAAACUUCCCAGUUUAUCGACGUACUUUGGCAAACUGUGUAUGUUGUAAGAAAUCAUUGAAAGAAAAUUUUAUGAUUGAAAUUCAAUUUAAAAAUUGAAUGAAACCAAAGAAUAGGUAAACACGCAACUACAUGAGGAUUAUAUCGAAACUUGUACAGGGGUUCUGGAACUCAAUUAAAAACCAUCAAAAAGCUAUCCUAUCGACACAAAAAUGAUGCAUUGGAAAGCACACACUUUGGGCUAUUCAACCAUGUGCUUUCAAGAUCAAAAGAACUUCAUACUAUACUUAACUUAACUUAACCUAAUCUCAACUGAGCGUAUAUUUUCCAAAUUUCCUUCGAUUUGUAUGUGUCGGUGAUGAUUUCAAAAGUGAAAAAUAUAAUAUAUAAUAAUAUAAUAUAAUAAAAUAUCUUUCUCGGUCCACCAAUGACUGGUGGUGUCUUUGGAUAGUAUCUCAGCAGAUGCGGUUUCGAUUGUUGAUGAAAUGUCCGUGUGAGAUUGAACUGGAGAUUGACGAGUAACGGCAGAUGAAACUUCGACUGAGCGAACAAACUGUGAUGUAUGAUGUUAAAUAUCGGUGUUUGAGUAUAUUCAUUGAUUAUUUGAAUAUUUUUGCAAAUGCGGACUAAUUAGCAGAUAGAAUGCUUUUCGAAAUGCAUUCGAUGUACACCAGUAGACAUAAAACGUUGAGCAACUAUUGAUGUAUAUUAGAAAUGAAUAAGCG